AGGAGAAAUGGGGAAGUGAAUGCAGCACUCAAAGGCUUUGUAGAAGAGAAGAGACCAGGAAAUAAAAGCCAGCAUAGAAAGGUCCAGAGAGAAAUGGCAAAGAAAUAAGAUCCAUAGAGAAGCAAAAACAAGGAUUCUGAGAUCGGGCCUCCACCAUGGCUUCUCGGCGAACUGAAGAGGAGUGCAAUCCCCUGUUAGAGCAGAAAGGAUCCCAGCUCAAUGGGCCAGCCCCAUCUCUCUUUGAGGGCAGAAAGGCUGCCUGUCUGGCUGUGUUGCUGGUGGAGAUCCUGGAGCGGGCAGCUUUCUUUGGUAUCGUCUCCAACCUUGUCUUGUACCUCAACAGCAGCACCUUUAACUGGGGUGGUUCCCAGGCUUCUCAGGCAGUUUUGAUCUUCAUAGGUGCCUCCUAUCUGCUCUCGCCUAUCGGGGGCUGGCUGGCCGAUGCUUGCCUAGGCUACUACUGGACUAUUGUCUUCAGCUUCCUGCUGUACCUUGUCUCAGCAUGCCUGUUGCCCACGGUGGCCUCACAGGAGGGGCGCCUCUGGUUGUGUGGAGAGAUGCCAUCAUACCCAAUACAGCCUUCAUGCCAAGGUGACAUGUCAGAGUGUAAACAAGAGCUGCCAAGUCCAUAUUGUGCCCCUCUCCUGUACACUGGUCUGCUGAUCCUGGCUCUUGGCAUCAGCUCCGUCAAAGCCAAUCUCAUUUCAUUUGGUGCCAAUCAGGUGACAGACUGUGGCCAGGAAGCUACCCGACGUUUCUUCAACUGGUUCUACUGGAGCAUUAACAUUGGGGCUGUGCUUUCGCUGCUGGUGAUUGCCUUCAUCCAACAGAAUGUGGACUUCCUGAUUGGCUAUGCCAUUCCUGCUGUCUGCCUGGCCCUGGCCCUUGUAAUCUUCCUCCUGGCUGCCCCCAUCUUUGUCACAAAGCCAGCUGCUGGCAGUCGAGUCCUCACCAUGUUGCAUUUGGCUCUCCAGAACAGCUGUUGUGGCAAAGCAUUGCAGAAAGUGACCACAAAAGUCAGGGCAAGGAAUCCCCUGCUGGAAGCAGACGGACCCAAUCCCCUUUCAAGGGGAAGCAACCGGCCUGUGGGGUCAUCCUGUGAACCUGCCCCAAACCUCCAUGUGCUGGCAAAGAUCCUGCCAGUUAUGCUGACUCUCAUCCCCUAUUGGAUGGUUUAUUUCCAGAUGCAGUCAACCUACUACUUGCAGGGUCUCCAUCUCUCCAUCCCCAAGUUCUUUCAAAAUAGUCAUAUGAAUAACAGUGCACUCUCAGCAACCAUAGAUACUAUCUAUAUGUUUCCAGAUGCCUGGCUCCUUCUAGCCAAUGUAGUGGUUCUGUUGAUCCUCAUUCCAUUGAAGGACCGGGUGAUAGACCCAUUCCUAGCAAAGAAAAAACUGUUGCCAUCAGCACUGAGAAGAAUGGCCCUAGGCAUGAUCUUUGGCCUUGGCUCAGUCCUAUUAGCAGGUUUCCUGGAAACUAAGCGGCUACAAUAUGUGAACAACAACCAGACAAUCACGCAAAGAAUUGGGAAAGAUGAAUACUUUGCAGCCCCACUCUCCAUUUUCUGGCAAAUCCCUCAAUAUCUACUCAUUGGAAUCAGUGAAAUCUUUGCCAGCAUUUCAGGGCUGGAAUUUGCCUAUUCUGAAGCUCCCAGAACCAUGCAAGGAGCAAUCAUGGGUCUUUUCUUCUUCAUUUCUGGAGUUGGAUCUCUUUUAGGAUCUGGCCUCCUGAGUUUACUCUCCCUGCCAACCAGUGGUUGGAUGCACUGCCCAGAUGAUUUCGGAAACAUCAACAAAUGUCGGAUGGAUUAUUAUUUCUUCCUCCUAGGUGGGAUUCAGGCAGUAACAUGCAUCCUCUUUAUGUUCAUCUCUGCCCACUAUGAGAGUCAAAAGCGACCCACCAGCUGAGAGAACAACUGAUCACAUUUUUCAGAACUGCAAGAGGCACACAUGCUUCUCAUCAUGAUGUUCAAUGCUAUGGCUGUUGCAGAAAGUUAACUGAUUCAAAUGUUGUGAAAGCUAUAUUAAUGAAAAUUAAGAGAAAGUAAUCCAGAUUACUAACAAUGGCAGCUAAUCAGGGUACUAAGAACUACAGUUUCUUAUUCGAGAUGUUAAUGUUUUCCAGAAACUCAAUAUGAGCGAUGGAGUUAUGGGAAGGUUGAAGCUAAGAUAUUAACUAUUGAAUGUAAGUUUAAACAGAUCAUAUUUAACUCUUCAUAAUACUGACGAGUACAGAAAUAUCAUAUUAUACAUCAUAUUAUGCAUAUGGACAUGUAUAAUGGGAGCUACAGUUACUGAAGCGAAAACAUAUGUAGCUUUAAUUUUGGACAAAUGUAUUUCUGCAUUCAUGUACAAGAUCUUUUAAAAAAUUUAAAAAGCAAACACCUUUCAAGAAAUUGUUUGAAAUUGAUAUGAAAUCCAUUAUUCCUUUCAGGAUGGCAAGAAUGAAAAUUACAAGUAUUGCAAAAUCUUAGAGACAAAAUUGAAAAAGAGAUUUCCCCAAGUAAUUGGUAUGAAAAAUGUCCAGCAUGUGCAGAUCCAAAGAGAUGCCAUAGUUACUUAAAAUCAAUAUAAAAAUGAGGAGAAAGAAAGAAAGAAAGAAAGAAAGAAAGAAAGAAAGAAAGAAAGAAAGAAAGAAAGAAAGAAAGAAAGAAAGAAAGAAAGAAAGAAAGAGGGAGGGAGGGAGGGAGUACUUUUAAGUUUUUGAUCUGGACUGGAACAUUAAAGCUACUGUAUUGGGGGUUGCUUAUUUCAGAUUCAGCUUCCCAAGCUUUCAAUUUGCUCUUGAAUUUUUAAAAUUCAAAUUAGUGUUAACUCUAUAAAAUUUCAUACUUGGCAGUUCACCAGUUGUUUGCCUCAUAAAGUAGACCAGAUUAAAAACAGAUACCAAAUGAGGCUAAAUCUACUUUUAUUAAAAUAGCUACAAUA